AUGAGCGGACAAGAUCCCAAUAGCCAGUCCGAAAUCACCAAGCAUGAUACGGGUUGGCGGAGAGUAGUUCGCCAUUUCACUCCAUCUUGGUUUUCGGUUACCAUGGGCACAGGCAUUGUGUCUAUUCUACUCAAUACUCUUCCGUACAAUGGCCAGUGGCUAUACUGGAUCUCUGUUGUCUGUUUUGCUUUUAAUGUCCUCCUUUUUGCCAUAGGGUGUAUCAUCACCUUCCUUCGCUAUACCCUAUAUCCGGAAAUCUUCUUCGCCAUGAUCAAGCAUCCAGUCCAGUCCAUGUUCAUAGGAACAUUUCCGAUGGGAUUCGCGACUAUCAUCAACAUGUUCUGUUUUGUCUGUGUUCCAGCCUGGGGUGACUGGACGCGCAAUUUUGCCUGGGGCUUGUGGAUCUUUGAUGCAAUCUUUUCAGUCAUCACUGCCCUCUCUCUGCCCUUCUUACUAAUGGCCCAUGGAAGUGAAAUGCAACUCUCAUCCAUGACAGCUGUCUGGCUUCUUCCCAUCGUCAGCUGCAUUGUUGCAGCUUCGUCAGGGGCCAUCGUAGCGGAUGUCCUCCCCGAUCCACAGCACGCUCUCUGGACCGUGCUCGUGAGCUACGUUCUCUGGGGCAUCGGAUUACCUCUUGCACUAAUGGUAAUGGUGAUCUACCUACAGCGACUGACCCUGCACAAAUUGCCUCCUAAAGCGGUGAUUGUGAGCGUGUUCCUCCCACUGGGACCACUUGGUCAGGGCGGCUUCGGUAUAAUGAAACUGGGCCAAGCAGCGCAGGAAAUCUUCCCCAAAACACAGACCCUCGAGGCUGCAUCUGGUCCGAUCUUCUAUACCAUGGGGUUCAUGAUCGCUCUGAUUCUCUGGUCCUUUGGACUCGUCUGGCUAUUUUUUGCCUUGGCAUCUAUUGCGAGGAGCAAGAGUUUCCCAUUCAAUAUUGGAUGGUGGGGAUUCACGUUCCCUUUGGGAGUGUACGCCACGAGCACGUGCCAGAUGGGCAAGGAGCUGCCGUCGGAGUUUUUUCGGGUGUUGGGAACGGUCGAUCCAAAAAGGAAAGCGAGAUUUGGAUGGAAUGGGGGAAUGAUACUAAUACAAGGCUAUGGGAUACCAGUACUUUUAACACCUAGGUACGAAAAUCAAUACACUCAGGGAAGAGACAGUCUGGGGACACUCGAAUGA